UCUAACCGGGCUUCUCCCCCUGGCAGGCCUGCAGCUGUCCUUCGUGGACUGGCAGAGCGCGCGGAACCACGCGGAGCACCGCACGGGGGAGGCGGGGGCCUCGGUGCUGGUGGUGCGGCGCGGGCAGCCCUUCGCCUCACCCUCCACUUCCGCUCCAGGGCCUACCUGCCCGGCAGGGACGCCAUGUACCUGGUGGCCGAGACAGGCCCCUCUCCGGACCCAGAGUGUGGCACGCGGGCGGUCUUCCUGGUGGGCCUGGGGCAGCGGGACCCCCGCCGCGUGUGGCGUGGGGCCUUCCUGCACAGCGCGGGACCCCACUCCACGGAGAUCUCGGUCUCGGCCCCCGCGGAAGCCCCCGUGGGGCGAUACUCACUCAAGAUCCGCCUGGACGCCGAGGGAGGGUCUUCCUCCUACAGGUUGGGCGACUUUGUGGUCCUCUUCAACGCCUGGUGCCCAGAGGACGAGGUCUACCUGGCCAAUGAGGAGCAGCGGAGGGAGUUCAUCCUGGAGGAGGAGGGCAUCAUCUACCAAGGGAACAAGAACUGGCUCGACCCCACGCCCUGGCACUUCGGGCAGUUCGAGGAGGGCAUCCUGGGCAUCUGCUUGAAAGUCCUGGACCGGAGCCUCAACUCCCUGCGCGACCCGGCCGAGGACGCCGCCUUCCGACGCUCCGCCGUCUAUGUCAGCCGCGUCCUCAGCGCCAUGAUCAACAGCGACGAUGAUGGCGGGGUGGUGCUGGGCAACUGGAGCGAGGACUACACGCAGGGCACGCGGCCCUCGGCCUGGAGCGGGAGCGUGGCCAUCCUCCGCGAGUGGGCGCGCGCCGGGGGCCGGCCCGUCCGCUACGGGCAGUGCUGGGUCUUCGCCGGAGUCCUCUGCACGGUCAUGCGCUGCCUGGGGGUGCCCACCCGCGUGGUGACCAACUUCGAGUCCGGCCACGAGAAGGACGGCAACCUGGUCAUCGACGUCUGCUACGACGAGAAGGGCCGACUGAUGGAGAGCAGGGACACCGACUGCAUCUGGAACUUCCACGUGUGGAACGAGUGCUGGAUGGCGCGGAAGGACCUCCCUCCUGGCUACGGGGGAUGGCAGGUGGUGGACUCCACCCCGCAGGAGCGCAGCCGAGGGCUAUUCUGCUGUGGUCCAGCUUCAGUGCGGGCAGUACGGGAGGGCGAGCUGGGCCUUCCCUUCGACACGCCCUUCGUCUUCUCCAUGGUCAACGCGGACCGCGUGGUCUGGAUGCUGCACGGGAUGCACCGGGAGUGCAUCCAGUGUGACCACGACGCCGUGGGGCUCCGCAUCUGCACCAAGGCCCUGGGCGCCGACACCGACGAGGACAUCACCAACAGCUACAAGCCCAAGGAAGGCUCCAAGGAGGAGCGCUCCGUCUUCGAGAAGGCCCUCCUGCGGAAGCGGCACCUGGAAGACAAGAAGAAAAAGGAGGACAAGGAGGCGAGAGGGGACGAGGGUGCCCAUCCUGGCCGGCCCCCCCGCAGGGCCCCCCACGAGCGGAGGGCGAGGAGCUUGUCCCGGGGCCCGCCCCCCCGCCCAGAGGCCCUGCCCGCCCCCUCCGCCCCCAAGGCCGCCACCGCCCUGCACCUGCGCCUGGCCCACAGCCCACAGGUCGGGCAAGACGUGGAGCUGAAGCUGAUGGUCAGCAACCGCGACUCCGCCUGGAAGGAGGUCACCAUCAGCCUGGCCGCACAGCCGCUGAGACACAACGGGCGCCCCGGAGCCGCCUGCGCCCUCCAGAGACGCCACCUCACCCUGGGCCCCAAAGAAGAGAAGGAGCUGUCCUGGCGCAUCCCCUUCGAGCGCUACGGCCCCGUCCUGGCCGACGGGCGGCAGCUGCACGUCACAGCGGUGGCCGAAGAGGGCUCCUCGUGGCACAAGGCCCUGGCCGAGAAGACCGUCACCGUCGCCACCUCCGCCCUCCGCGUCAAGGCGCUGUCUCCGGCGGUGCUGAACCAGUCCUUCCCGCUGCAAGUGGCCUUCUGCAACCCGCUGUCGGAGGCGGUGGGCCGCUGCCUGCUGACGGUGGAGGGGAGUGGGCUGCUCAAGGGCCAGAUGCAGAUCGAGCUGGGCUGCUUGGCACCACGGGCAGAGACCAGCGUGACCUUCCACCUGACGCCCUUCAAGGCCGGGCCACGGCAGCUCCACGUGAGCCUCACCGGGAGCCAGUUUGCCCCCAUCAAGGGCCACAAGCGCCUCCAGGUAGCCCCCGCCCCACCCACCGGGUGGAGGGUCCGCAGGGGCCCCUGAGGGACCCACAAAGAGAAGCACAAGCAGAAGGAGAAGGAAGAGAAGGAGCAGCAUUGCGGUUAAUAAAGGCCUUUGCAAACCCCUUCA